GGGCGGGGCGGGCGCGGGCUUCUCGCCGCCGCCGCCAGAGGGCAGCCAGGGAGCGCGCGCGGGCGGGCGGCCUGGCCGGACCCCCAGAUGUAACUGCCUGCCCUCAGCUGGGUGCCUGGAGCCAUGGCCGACACCAUCUUCGGCAGUGGCAAUGACCAAUGGGUUUGCCCCAACGACCGACAGCUCGCUCUCCGGGCCAAGCUGCAGACAGGCUGGUCUGUGCACACCUAUCAGACGGAGAAGCAGCGGAGGAGCCAGAGCCUCAGCCCUGCGGAGGUAGAGGCUGUCCUGCAGGUCAUCCGGAGAGCUGAGCGCCUCGACCUCUUGGAGCAGCAGAGAGUCGGGCGGCUGGUGGAGCGGCUGGAGACGAUGCAGCGGAAUGUGCUGGGGAACGGCCUGUCACAGUGCCUGCUUUGUGGGGAGGUGCUGGGCUUCCUGGGCAGCUCCUCGGUGUUCUGCAGGGACUGCCAGAAGAAAGUCUGCACCAAAUGUGGGAUCGAGGCCUCUCCUGGCCAGAAGCGGCCCCUGUGGUUGUGUAAGAUCUGCAGCGAGCAGAGAGAGGUCUGGAAGAGGUCAGGGGCCUGGUUCUACAAAGGGCUACCCAAAUACAUCUUGCCUCUGAAGACCCCUGGCCGGGCGGAUGACCCCCACUUCCGCCCUCUGCCUGUGGAGCCUGUGGAGCCAGUGGAGCCAGAGCCUGGAAGUACGGAGAACCCCCGCGUCUACACAUGGGCCCGAGGGAGAGUGGUCUCCAGCGACAGUGACAGUGAUUCCGAAGACAUCAGUUCCUCCAGCCAGGAGGGCAGAUUCCCACGCCCUGGGGUCAAGGACUUGAAAGGAGACAGCCCUGGAGGGAAAUCAGGGACAAGCUUGGACUCCCCCAGGGUGGAACUCACCCAUACCCCCAGCCACCUCUCGGGGAGCCAGAGCAGCCUGGCCAGUGAGACCGGAUCGAGUGUCACAGACCCUCAGGCAGGCGCUCCAACCCAAGCUGACCCACGGGGCACUGGCAAGAGGCACACCUGGGCCACCCCCCGCUGCUGACGCGGCCCCCCAAGUUCCCUUCGGCCUGCCCUGGGCCAGGCACAGCCUGGUGCACCGAGCAGACUUGCCAGUGGAAGAACCCAAGAAAGAGGGAGAAAAGCGGGAGCCCUCACCGGCAGCCCCAUAGGCUACGACCUACUGACUCUGGAAACCAGCAUUUGGGGGCUGAAGCAGCGCCCCCUCCUAGUGCCUUUACGCACACCCCCCCCCCACCCCCGCUGACCGCGCCUCUCGGCCACUGCCUUUAUUUAUUGUCUCCUCCACCCGCCCCCAUCCAUCCCAUGUGUAAGUGCACUUGGGCCCUCCCAUGCAUUCAGAUGUGCUCUCUCUGUAUCUGUGUUAGCAGCAAGAAGACACAGGGCAUCCGGGCACUCCCCGUGCAGCCUGGCCCUUGCCUAGGCCUCUGCCUCCCUCCCCGGCUCACACUUUUGGCAGCCUGAGGGGCCAGGCCCAGUUCUGGCAAGCAACACAAGUUCUCAGGUGAAGAGCCACCUUCAGCACGGCCCUAGCCAAGCUCGGAGCUCCCUGAAGAGAUCGAUCCACUUCUGUUCCAUGGGUCUGGCGGAGCAUGAAAAAUCCAUCCUUCAAAGUGCAGACAGAUGCUUCUGGAGAA